CAGUCAUUGAGCAGACGACAGCGUGGGGGUAGGCUUGAUGGCUGUUCGCGUUCGUCAGCGUUAAGUGACAUUAAUUGAAGCGCAAACAAUUAUACGAGUUCUUAAUUUGGUGACGCGCACUUCGCCAUGGCCGAGACGACGGACAUCGCGGAGUGGUUCCGCGGCAUCCCCGUGGUGACGCGCUACUGGUUCGCGGGCUCCGUGCUCUUUCCACUGCUGGGCAGGUUCGGGCUGCUCGACCCGGCCAACCUGGUGCUGGACGCGACGCGCCUGUUCAGCCGCUUCCAGAUCUGGAGGCCCAUCACAGCAACACUCUUCUUCCCACUGACACCGCAGACGGGAUUCCACUUUCUCAUUCACCUCUACUUCCUGUACUCCUAUUCCACACGCCUCGAGACUGGUGUUUUUGAUGGACGGCCAGCAGACUACCUGUUUCUGGUUCUCUUCAACUGGAUCUGUAUCACUAUUGUUGGGCUUAUCGUCGACAUGCCACUGCUGAUGAUCCCGCUCAUCAUCUCGGUGCUCUACGUAUGGGCCCAACUGAAUCGUGACCAGAUCGUCACCUUUUGGUUUGGCACCACCUUUAAAGCCUGCUACCUUCCCUGGGUCAUCAUGGGCUUCAACUUCAUCCUGCGUGGAUCGGUGAUGAAUGAGCUAAUCGGGAUCUUCGUGGGCCACCUCUACUUCUUCCUCAUGUUCAAGUACCCCCAGGACUUUGGUGGGCGAGCGCUCAUCUCCACCCCAUCCAUACUGUACCGGCUCUUGCCGAGUCGCCGUGGCGGCAUUGCCGGCUUUGGCGUUCCUCCGCCCAGCAGGAGACCACCAGACGACCAGGAUGCCCCCCCGCAGGGAGGCUGGGGAGCAUUUGGCCGUCACCGAUGGGGGGGUGGCCAGAGGCUGGGUGGGGACUAAAGGCUGCUACUGCUGCGUAGAUGUUCGCAGUUGUGCUGUGUACAGCUUUUCGAUGUGUAUUCGGGUUGAUCCACGGUAUUGUUCAGCGUGAUGUUUGGAUGUCACGAUGAUUGGGUUACAACCCGAAAACUCAUCUGAGAGCCCAGGGCUGUUGUCGGCGACCGAGUGUACCCAUGUGCGCGUGCGUGUGUGCCUCCUCGGGCGUUUGCAUGGCUGCACGAGCGUCUGGCCCCUGCUUGCACAGACAACAGCGACGCAAAAGAGAACUGGUCCAUCCGGAGCACGUGACUUUAGCUGUCGCACCACUCGUGAACCUGUUCGGUUGUGCCACCUGUCAUCACGGGAUGUAAACUGUUGGGCCUUGUGCAAAACAUGGGCUCUGUGCAUAUGCCUGCAUCUGUGCGCGUGCAUGAGGGCGCGUGCAUGAGUGCAGGCAUGGUAAUUUGGCGAGCCUUCUCGUUCAUGGCAUAAGACACAAUUUUUCUUCGUUUUUAUUAUUGUACAUUAAUGUAACGUUCAUGAAAAAAAGUGAUCCUAGUGUAAAAAGUAAAACGAUAUUUAAGUCUUACUUCCUGGAUUUAUUUUAAAUAAUGCUCAUAAAAAGAUGUGCAGUCACACAUUGAUACAAGAAACAUUAACAAGGAACAACAUAUGGGCUUAUUUCUAUUGCUUUGAAAUCGCCAAUAAACACGUUGAGCUAAAAGCCUCCUUUUAAUUGUGUAGUGCGUACGUGCAGCUUAGGUUGGAAAGUUAUUUCGGUUUGAUCGUUGGGUUUAAAAUACAAUGCCUAGAAAGUUUUGUGAUUUAACGGUGAAAAUAUCUGUGAAAUGUCCAGUAGGUUUUUCAAAAUAACUGAGAAGCAAUUUGGUUGUUCCCUAUGUUAAGGUUGACUUUUCGCUGAGAAUAUCUCCUUUAGUGUCUUAUCACAGUACUUGCGUGCUGUUUGGAUGGCUUAUAUAAAAAUAAUGCUUUAAUAAGCACCAAAAUCAUUUGCAAGAAUACAAGAAAGUUGAAUUUUUUUGGAAAUUCAUGUGGCUUUUAUUUUCACGGCUGUUAUAGUCAUGCAUGUUAUUACCGUUUCUUUUAUUUCAGCUUACUUACUGACAAGCAUAAACUUGUGAAGGAUGAAAAACAUGAAAUUGAAAUGAAUUGUAUUAAGCUAGGUCAACCACAUGGGUCUGUUUAUUUAUUUUAAGAUUACUGGACAUCAUAGUUAUUGGCCAAUCUAGGUUCCCCUGGCACAUGAGUUAGGAUAGGAUUUGUGGCAUGAAUUAAUGUCAUAUCCACGUGUACCUUAAUUGUCACAGUUACAAUUUCUGGUGGUUGGCUCUUGUGUGCACUUUUCCAUGUUUUCAGCAGGUCCUUGUCCGUCGGAUGUCACUGCUAAUUGAAUGUUGCGGCUAUCCUGGUAAAUUAAUUAGCAUUAGCUCAUUCAUCUCAUAACCAUGAUUCCAUGAGAAAAAAAGUAACAUUUCGGGUCCAAUCCGUAACACAGGGUGUUGAAAGACUUCUGUUUUGAAAUGGAACAUUCUCACGACUUGACUGCACAAUUGGAAUAUAAUUUGGAGAAAGAUUGCAACAUGCUCUAGAAAACAUUCAUAACUGACCCUAUCACCUUCAUCGUUAACACUGAGUAAUGGCAGCCUGCCAUAUAUUUUUUACACGUUACGGCAGUGUUAAUGAUGUACGUGUUAGUCCAUCCGUCCAUACUUCACAUGUGUUUUUAUGACUUGUGAAAAAUGCACAGGUAAUCCGAAUCCUUUGAUACUAGCCACACAUGCCAAAUACUAUUUCUCAGUAUGGUCUUAGUUUUUGGAUAAAGUCCACAUCAAAAUCCUUAAAAAAUUCGUUAUUGUACAAAAAAAGUUAUUCUCAUGUACCAUGUGCAAAAUACCACGUGCAUUAGAACGUGUACGCAUUAGGUGUGUAACGGUGCGUCAAUUCGUCUAUUAAAAUCGAUUCUUGGUC